AUGUCAGAAACAGCAGCUACGAACUCUGCUUACAUCUUUCGGCUUUCCUCGCCUGACCUGUUCAACUGUAUUCUGUACACCGACGCCGGGGCUUACUACAGCAUCAACACCACGUCCGACGAGGUCCCCACCGACCUGCUCACCCCUCCCACCUCACCGACCUCGCCAACCUUCGCCAGUCCAAGGAAAGAGCGCUCCCUGCGCCCGCAGCCAGGCCACGUAGGGGAGGUGAUCACCGUCCGUUCCGCACGAGGGAUAGGAGAGUUUGUCGGGAGCGUGAGGCACGCACGAGGACAGUGGGAGAUUGUCCUCGGUCUACCGGAGAGAGGGACGGCGUUUGGCAAGUUCUUUGGGCUGCGAGUGUGGGGCAAGGUCAUGGGCAAGCCGAGGAUCCGGGAUGCAGACGGCGGAUUCUGGACUUGGCAAAACUACCGUUCAGGCAGAGAACUUCACCUGAUAAGUCCCAGCGGGGAAGUAGCAGCCCAAUUCCGCCCCUCCGACCCGGACAGGAUCGCCGACCCCAACGCCGCGCUCAUCGUGUACAAAUGCGCGUUCGAGAUCAAGGAGCUGGUGAUCGUUAGCUGGCUGGCGCUCGAGCGGGUGCAGAGGGAAGCGGAGGAGGGCGGGAAGGGGAAGGGAUUGGGGAGGAAGGGGAGCUUGAAGCAGGCAGAGUGGAGGACGAUGAGUGUUGGUGUUAGGAAGUAG